ACGCAGCAACAUGAACUUCAACAACGACGCUGACGAACCCGUCCGCGCGGCUUGGACGUACUUGAGCGAUCUCGCUCAGCACGAUCCACCGCUCCUCAAGACCAACUUCUACUACACUAACCGUGUGCCCAAGCUCGGCCUCGACGACGACACCGAGAGCGCUUUGCCGCCAAGCCACGCAGCUGCGUGGAACGUAGUCGUCAAUCUGGCUGCCUUGGCCGCCAUGCGGGGCCCACCGGCGAUCGCCGAGCUCGCCGACGGUACCGGUGACGAGCGCCAAACGACCAUCGUCCCUGGUGACUCUCUUGUGUUUCUCGACAAUUGGGCCCCCGCGCUGUGUUUCGAGCUGUCGACGGAUCUCAAGUGCAUCGACCCCAACGACGGCAUCGAGCUCUCGCACCUCAGCAUUGACUCGCUGUACGACGCCUCGAGCUUAGUACCGAGUACUAGUACGCUCCGCAAAGAUGUGAUCGCGACCCUCGUCGUGCUUUUGGCACCGAUGGACGCCCGCGAAAUCAACUUGAAGCUUGUGCAAGCCGGUGUCGCGGUGCCGUGGCGCGAGGCAAACACGAACGCCGUGCAUUACGCUCUCGUACCCACAGAAGCGUCGCUCGUCGCCAGCGCUGUCCCGGCGCAAGGUGCUCCUCCGCGGGUGGCUCUGAUCUUUCGUGUCGUGAGGUCGAGCGCUCACACGGCGCGUGGUCUUGCCAUGAUUGAUCGUGGGGCUCUGUAUCUCGAGAAACUCGCACCUAUAAGUGCCCUCGGCAACCGCAGCGGUAUCCAAGUGGGACGCCGCGAUCAGUUGCCCGAUUUGGAGGCGCUCCCAGUGCUCCUCCGCGCGUUUCUCGACGCUCUCUUGGGCUCCAACUGCUACGACAUCGGUCUCGCCGAGUACUCGCAAGAGACUGGCAUCCAGCUCCUCGGGAUGCAUGAGCAGUCGUCCCCGGUGAAGCAACGCGACUUUUUGAACGUGGUCUUGGACGAAUAUGUUCUUACCGACGACAACGAGCAACCCACCUCGUCGACGUCAUGAGCAAUGCUGCGUUUGCGACGUCGAUGUGUUUGAUGGCCUUACGUGCCGGUCAUCUUGGUCCAUGGCGUCUCGACCACGAGGUGAUGCUUCAAUUUCGGCAAGAUCUCCACGCUCUCGACGUCAUCGAUCGCUUCGUACGGCAAUGGGUCA